AUGCUUCCCUUCUCGUCGAUCGCGGCGAAGCAGAUUCGCUACCUGUUUGAGAGUUACAAGGAUUCCGACUUCGACUAUGUCGUUCGCGAGCUCUGCCAGGUGCCUCCCCUUACUGUGCUCUGUUUCAUAGUUCCGGUUCUUCAUCUGUGUCGUGAUUUUUACGCGGCGGGAUCAGGGAUCUCUCUGCUUGCCAUCGCUUCCCGGACAUUUGGUAUGGCUCGUUCGUGUUCGUUGCAGGUCCUGGAAUUCGUUUUCCGACCCCCGUUACUUUCUGAUAUCCUUGAAUGCGAGACCAAAUGGAAUAUAGGGUUUUUUGCUUUUCUUUCUUUGAGAUUUCCAUAUAUUUAAGAUCCUCCUCGCGACGCAUCUUUUAUUUUUCUUGAUUAAUUAACCUCGGAGCUUUUAUCUCAGUAGACUUGGUGUUCGACUGAGUGUCUCAAAAGGUAAACUUGAAUUUGCAUGGAGUGAAGGACAUGAAGUCAACAAUCCUCUCUCACUAUGGAUGGUUAAUGUCGUUUUGAAGCUGUCCUUAACCUAUUUUAUUGAAUUAAUAAACAAUGACUCCGCUGUGUUGUAUUAUCCCCGGAAAAUUGACCGCUUUAUGACGUCUAAAAGAAUGUCAGAGGUAUGAUGCGAGCAGCAGUUAGCAUCUUAAAAGGUUCUUGUCUACCUCAUGCACCUUAUCAUUAUGUAACGUGAAUCAUGCGUCAUCUUGUCACGUUGCCUUUUUUCAAAGGUGUAAGGGAGCUGAUCAACGCUUUAUUUGCAUUGCAAACCUCGGAAAGCGUUGUAAAUCCAUUUGAGCUUAAUAUUAACUCAGAACUGUUAUGAACCUAAUUGGUUUAUUUUAAGCCCACUGGGACCAAUUCAGAUGGAACCUUUUUAUUGGUUUUCAUCCAGGCUCUGAUAGAUUGCUUGUAACUUUCUGUGAAUACCUCUGAUUGCUGAACCAGUGUGUUCCUUGUAUUCUACUUUCACAAGAUUUUUUUGACCGAUUACAAUGGAUUAGAAAUAUAGAUAUUUUUACAUGUUUUUUUUACAAAAUGAGAUUGCCGCUAAGCUUGCAAUCUAAUGAAGAAACUCCAGUUUGAUUGCAUUGAAAUCUUUUCAGCUACUGAUGAAUAAUCCCCUGAGUAUUUAUUAUUGUCUAAUGAGUACAUAAUUUACUCACACAAAUUCAUUGAUAAAAAAGAUCAUUCGGUGGAGGUAGAUUAAAGGUCCGUGGUGACAUCUGAAAAACAAAACUAUGGUGUUUGCAGUUGUAUCCAUAGAUGGUUACAUUUGGAAGCAUUAUAUCCGAAUUUAUUAAAGGACCGAGAAGGCAGUGUGUAUGCUAUCAUUUACUCUAUGAGCAAGUUAACAGUCUCUUCUUUUUCUGAUAGAUAGCUUGGUGCAAUGUUUGAGUUUCCAGGAAAAUAUUUAUUCUUGGAAGUCAUAUAUCUGCUGAUCACUUGCUGUUAAAAAAUUGGAAUUCAUGUUUAAAGUGUUUGUCUUUUAAGUGCUGUAUUUUUUGUUUUGAAUCUUGAAUGCCUCUUUGUGUGUUUUUUUUUAGUUUAAUGUAAAUUAUUACCAAAGUAAUUCAAUUCUGCACUUUUUCCAUUUCAGUAUAUUUAUACUCGAAUUUUCUGCUUUUUUAUUCUUUUAUUUGAUUCUAAAUGAAAUCUCUCGUCUUUUUUCAGUUUGUGGAAUAUGGAAAUGAGGGUGCAAUCCUUUUGCUGCAAACCUGCUUGGACUUGAUGAAUCUUCACAGCGGGGAAAUUUCGAAAAUGCAACCAAAGCCUGAAAUAUUCUCUGCUGUGUUUAGAUAUUUGUUGGAUAAGCCUAAUUUCAGUACGGUGUUUUGUCAAGCAGUAAGAAGUGAAUGGAUGAAUGACGGAUUCUUGGGAAAUCUUUCGAAGGCAUUGAAUCUGUCGACAUCUGAGAAGAUCGCUAUUGGACUUGCUUUAUCUGAUUCUGAAAAUUUUGACUUCAGAAUGAGAGGUAGGGAUAAAAUUUUGAACCUUUCAUCAUUGUGGUCUAUGUUGCUGCUUGCUGAUGAUUUUGUUUUUUUCAUUUUAGGGAAGAAUUUCUGUGUCUCUCAGAUUGAUGAAAUAUGUGCGAAUCCUAUUCCAAUUUUGUCACACAAGCAAAUCCAGGAAAUAUUUAUGUUUCUAUACCGAUCAGAGGGCCUCUCCAAGCACAUGGAUUCCUUUAUGAAAAUGCUAUCAUUAUUACAGUUGGAGAGGUCUGAGUUUGUUUUGAGCCCUAUUCUGGAAGAGGAUUUGAGUGGAGAAAAUUCUUUCAGGUAUAGUUUGAAUUGCCAUUGUUAAUAUACAUUACUGGUUGUUUUCUUACUUUUUGACUGUUCUUACUGUAUAAAUUCUUUCAGGUAUAGGCCUCUGGACCUGUUCUAUGGACAUUCUGAUAAUGAUUUUGAUGCUGUUCUGGCGGAAAUAGAAAGAGAGAUGAGCAUGGCUGACAUCAUCAGGGAACUGGGUUAUGGAUGCACUGCUACGGUUUCUCACUGCAAAGAAAUGCUCUCUCUUUUUCUUCCUCUUGAUGAGUUGACAAUUUGUAAGAUACUUGUCACAAUUGCGUGUACUCAUGUUGGUAACGAGGAAAGUCAGAAUGCACAUUCUACGUUCUGCUCUGCCGUUGGCAUCAACUCCACUGCUGAUUCGUCAUCAUUGAGUUCUUGGAAUUUUGAUGUCGUCGUUGAUUCAAUUAAACAGCUUGUGAGUUUGUUGUCAACUCUUGUCAAGAGGCUAAGUUUAUAUUUCAUUUAUUUUCUGCUGACAUGUAUUUCAAAUUGUAGGCUCCUGAAACCAAUUGGAACCGUGUCAUCGAAAAUAUGGACCAUGAACUUUUUUUUAUUCCUGAUGAACCAUCUUUUUCUACUUUUAUGUCUAUCUAUGCACAUGCAUGCCAGGUACGUUCAAUAAUUGACUGCAGUAUUUUUUUGAAAGGGAACAUGCUUUUAUUCUUCUUUUCUUUACUGAAACUUAAGAUUCGCUAUAUAGGAGCCUUUUCCCCUACAUGCAAUAUGUGGAUCGGUUUGGAAAAAUGCUGAAGGCCAGUUAUCAUUUCUUAGAUACGCUGUAUCUGCAUCACCUGAGGUGUUUACGUUUGCACAUUCUGGAAAUAAACUGGUAACUUGAUUUCUUAACCUCCUUUAUUUCUUUGGCGAUUCAUUAGAAUUGAUAAACAUGCCAAAUUGUAUUUCAGCCUUAUGUUGAGUCGGCUCAGUUCCAAAGUGGACACGGGAAUCAGGCAUGGUACUGCCUUGAUCUCUUGGACUUGCUAUCUCAGCUUGCUGAAAGGGGCCAUGCUAUUUCAGUUCGGGCAUUACUAGAGUAUCCCCUUCAGCAGUUACCUGAGAUUCUUCUUCUUGGAGUUGCCCACACUAAUGUAUGAUUUUCAUACCUCUUUUUCAUUGAGCAUCUCAUUUAUACCUCUCAAUCACAGUUUUCUGUGAUGGGUGAUAAUGAUUUUUUUUAUGAGACAUUUUUUUUUUCUUCAUUCUUAAAAUUGCUAUAUCUCACCGCCCAGCCAACACCACCCAGAUUCAUGUAGAUUCUUCAGUUGGGAUGGGAUAUGGCAAUAUAUGUUGUAUGCCCAGUUUCUGCUUUUUGUCGUUUCACAUCGACUAAGAGUGGGUAAAAACUCUGCCAUACGUAGUGCUCAGGCAUUUGAGUAUUCGUGGAUCGUUAUGUGUGCAAUAUCUUUUUUUGCUACAGUCAUGAUAUGAUCGUGUUAGUCGUCACUUUCAGGUUUUAGAUUAGAUCUGCCUUACCCAGCCUUAAUAACUUUAUGAUUUUUAUAGUCUUGGGUUUCAGCAUUUGAAGAAGAAUCAAGAAGGGUGAAUUUGGUCUAGUGCCAUGUGUUUAUCUGCUUGCACUUUUGGACAGUUUUAACUCUCUGAAUUUUGACUUUAUAUUUUCACAUUUUGAUUUCAAAGUUUCUAAAUAUCGAGUUAUGAUGAUACUGAAAAUUUAAUUUUUUAGGUCAAUAUAGUUUAUUUUCCAUUGAUUCUAACCACAUGCUUUCGAAGUUGUGGGGAUGAAAAUGCUCUAUGGUUUUGCAGAGUGCGUACAACCUCCUGCAGUACGAAAUAUCUUCAUCUGUUUUCCCAUUAAUUGUGAAAAACUCCGCAGAGAGCUCUGUCGUCCACCAUCUAUGGCACACUAAUCCUAAAAUUGUCUUACGUGGCUUUAUGGAUAUGUAUAAUGUCGAUCCAGAGAGUAUAUUCAGAAUCGUGGAUGUUUGUCAGGAGCUGAAGGUAAGAACUGAUAUUGAACUCCUUAUCUCCGUUCUAUAUAAGGACAACAAUUUUGGAUAUUGCUGCUAGUAAUUUAUCGACUUGAAUUUCCGCUAAUUGAUAAUUUUUUUCAUUGUGCAUUUAAUUGCAACUUUUACCCAUUUUCACUGUCUAUAGAUUUUUCUCUUUGUCUUGUGGAACUGUAGUGUUACUACCUUUGAAAUGGCACAUAUGAAUGUUAUCGUGAUUUUCAAGUCAGCUUGCACAUCAGCAUGGGAUCAAAUUUAUUCUUCUCUGCUUAUGCAAAUUUACUUAUAUAAGAAGAUCAUUGAUUGGGCAUUGGCAGGCUAAAUAUAUUGGUAUUUUGUAUCCUUUGUAUACUUUUUGCUAAAAAAAUUGUCUCAUUUAUUGAGGGAAUAACUAUGAUUACUGUAAGCCAUAUCCUUAACGGCCUGUAAAUGUCAUUCUUUGAUUUUUUUUUCUUUUAAUGUCAUACGGUUUGAGUAUAUAACUUUGUUUCGUUUCAGAUAUUAUCUUCUGUUCUGGAAACAACUCCCUUUUCAUUUAGCAUUAAACUGGCUACCUUUGCUUCUCGGAAAGAAUACAUAAGCCUUGAGCAGUGGCUGAGUGAAAAUCUGAGCAUGUACCAAGACUCUUUCUUUCAGGUACUACGAGAUAUAUAUAUAUAUAUAUAUAUAUAUAUAUAUAUAUAUAUUUGUAACCAUAUUGUCUGAUGGCUGUGGUUUGUUCUUUGUUCCUGUUUGAUCAUGACGGUGUUAGAUAUCUCCACUGAAUUUUCAUGCGCCACUUUCCAGGUCUGCGUGGACUUUUUGAAAGGAAUAAUUGGAGAUGGAAUGAAUGAUCGUCCUUUAGGACAUCCUGCUGCUUCUAUGAAUGCUUAUGAGGAAGUGUCACCGAUAUUUUUGAAGGUUUUAUCACUUUUUUAUUUCUAUUAAUUUUUUCUCUGACAGAAACAUGUGUAGUUUCAUUUAAAAACUAAUAAUUUAGGUGCUGAUAUUAUUCUCGCGAAAUUUGUAGGUUCUUCAAACUCAUUCAGGACUUGUUUCUGAAGAACUUUGUGAAGAGUUGAAAAAGUUACUUCUGACGGCCACUCGUGUUAAAUCUAGGGUCCAAAUUGACACUGAUUCAGAAAUUUCAGCAUCUGAUGGAAGUGCAGAUGAUGUUGAGGUAGAAGCGAAUUCCUACUUCCAUCAAAUGUUCUCAGAGCAGUUGUCUGUUGAUACGAUGGUGCAGACACUUGCACGGUUCAAAGAAUCUUCCGAGAGAAGGUGGGAUGCUAAGUUUUUUUUUAUGCAUGGUACCUAUUCGCAUCUCUAGUAUUUAAUAAAUUUAUCAGUACUUCACAGUUUGCUCAAGGUGUCGGAUAGGGGACACCUUAGCAUACCGGCAACCUGGACACUUAAGGCCUCCACGCUGCCUUUGCUGUUUGCUUGAAUGUGUUUUCGCCCUCGAACUUACCUAGUUGAGUGGUUGCCUUUAUGAGCGUCAACUAGUAUCCACAAAUGCGAAAUCAUUUGUGUUUGUGGAGGGUCUUGGUCGCACAUGAGCCUGUGAAUUCGCCUCAUACGUCCAGUACAAUUAUAAAUGAUAUUCAGUUCAUUUAAUUCGCAUUCAAUUAAUUUGUUGUUAGAAACAUAGUGUGUUUUUUACCAUUGUGUUUUUAUUUUCUAUUUUUCAUUUUGUGAUAUUUUAUAUGCAUGCUUAUUUUUUUAAUUUUAUUUAUUUCAAUAAUUGGUCUGUAUAUUUUAUGUUUUAAUAUAUCUAAAAUUUGACCAGACUAGGGAUCACUUGGCCUUUUGCCUAGAUAGUGAAGCAGGCUAUCACCAUUUCAGUGGCCUAGGUCUCCUUACAGACUUGUUUCACAUGAGAACUGCGGACAUUCGAAUGGUUGUAUGUGUCUUCGUAUUUAUGUGAUCAUUUGUUUGAAGGUGUCAGUAUUUUAUGACAGCUUUAUAGAGUUGAGACCGCUUGUGGUCUUAAGUUUUCAAAAAUAUGAGAUUUUGAUUCAAUUGGAUUUGCAAGGUUGUAAGCUCAGUUUCUUUUUACAUUUAUUGUUUGACAUACUAACUGAUAUUGCUUAUUUGUUGUUUGACAUUCUGUUGUUGACUUUCUCACACCCCUAAGACAUCUUAAACAUCGUAUGACUUGUUUUGAAACCAGUUGCUAGCAUAUUUUCAUUGAAAUUUCAUAUGGUGCCGCUAUAUAUAAUGCACUAGGGUUCGUUUUCAUCUCUCUUUCAAUGAGUUAAUUUUCCAUCCCCAGUCCGAUCUCAUGGCUUAUGUUAAGUGUUUCAAAACUGACAGGGAACAGCUUGUCUUUGAGUGCAUGAUUGGAAAUUUAUUUGAAGAGUACAAGUUCUUCACUAAAUAUCCAGAUAGACAGCUUAGUAUAGCUGCUGUUCUGUUUGGUAAGGAUUUCACAUUCGCUGCAGUUGUGCAAUGUCUUUUCUGCUACUUUUUUAAACUGUUUAUUUCUAAUGUAGCUGGUGCUUCAUGUUCUCUAUUUUUGUUUGGGCUGAAACAUUUGCACUUGAAUUUAAUUGACAAAUGGUUGCAUAAUUUGAGCGUGAAGCCAUUCUUCCACGGCUCCUGACUGUGGAUGGAAUGAAUCAGCCCAAACUUGUAGUAUAUUGAGUUGAUAACAAAGUAUUCAUAGUUUGUUUAUGAAGUUGUUGUACAUGCUGGGUCUCAAAAAUGAAGGGUGUAAGAAACUGGGAAGAUCGCUAUGAACUAAGAUGGUUUUAAAUACAAGGAAUUCUAGAAAAUUCAGUGGACACUUUGAUACCUUGAGGUCUAAUUCGAAAAAGGAUGGUGAAGAUGUUUCAGAAUGCAGAUCAUCAAUCUGGUUAAUGGAUGCUAUAAAUCAUUGCAAAUAUACCGGUCAAUAAGUAAAAAGCAUAUUUAUGAAGUUGCGGAUGCUAGUCAAUCAGUUUUUUAUGUGGAUAAUGUCAUUGGUUGAACUCUUGCAGUGCAUAAAGUAGUUGAAUACCCAUGUGUGCAUGGGAGAAGAAGACUGCUGUCUCCAACAUACUUUUAGGGAACUUAAGUUGGGACUAUAUGCGCAGGGCCUUAUCUAGUCCAUCCUUACUCAGUACUUUUGGUCUUGUGGGGUAACAUUGGGGGAAAUUUUAAGAGAUACGAUCGUUUCUCAGCAGACACUCUUGGGUUACGAACUAACUAGACCUUUAUCACCCUUCCUACGGAGUUGGCUUGUGAUAUUUCCAAUGAUGCUGGCUGUAAACCAUUUGGAUUGGAUGCAGACACUGGUGGGGUUAUUGACUCUCCUGCUACUGAAUUGUGUUAAUUGCCUGCCAGAUCUAAUUCCAGAUGAACCAUUAUCUGAUGGAAUUUGAAGAAAAUUGGAUCAAUUGAGUCAUGUCUGAAUUCUUAUGUAACAGCUAAAUUUUCUUCAUCAAUAGAGUUAUGGCAACAUUUUAUAUUAGUUUUUGGUUCUCAGGUAAGGAGAUCCAAAAUAUUCUAUCAUGUUUCCGUUUGUGUGCUUGACUUCGAGUUUAAUGUUGAGAAAACAGCAGCAGUGAGAUUGAUUGAGAUAAGUAGCUUUAGUUUCAAAAAAGAGCAACAAAAGUAAUUAUUAAUGUUCAGUUGACACUUCUACUUGAAUUAGAUCGUGAAGGAAAGUCUACUCGAAGAUUUUUUGAGAUUACAUCAUUAUUCAAUCUGUUGUAAAGUUGAAUUUGCUGAAUUGAACUUCAAGAGAAUAUCAUCUUUCUGAAGAAUUUCUAUGUAAGAAUGAGAUGAGAGAAUAAAACAAAUUGGUCACUGUUAGUAGGGAGUUACAGGUUGACUCUAUGGUUAGAAGAGAGAGGAUUUCGUCCCUGACCAUUCUCGCCGAUCCUGUGUUAUAAUUGUGCUGCUUACACCUUGAAUGUGUUCCUCUGUCUUAAGGACGGACAAAGAUGUAGCCACCUUUCAUGGAAAGAGGCAUUCAAGGGUGAGCAAUUGCGUCACCAAGAAAUUGUUUCAGAGUGUUUAAAUUUAAAUGGGAUGGGAAGGUUUGAGAAUUAUGAACCUUGAUACUACUAAUAGUUGAUAUGAAGACAUACAAUUUUACUCUGGAGUCUUGAAGAAAUUUAUAUCCUGAAGGUGAGAAUUGCAGGUGAAAGUGUCAUUAGUUUGUAUUCUUAUGGUGGAUGUGAUUAGUUGACCGUGGAGUGGAUAACAUGGCUCCCUGACAGAUUGUCUAUCUCAUAAUCUAUCUUGGAGGCUGAAAAAAAUUGUCCUUAAGUGGUGAGUUACUACUAGUUCUACAGUAUUUGUCUGGGAUACAGUUCCUUUUAUUUUCCUCCAUGGGUGAAAGAUGUGAUGAUUACUUUGAGGGAUUCCCAUGUUGUCACACAGAUUUGUCUGGCUGGCUGCCUUUCAUACCUUAUUUUUAAACAAGAAAAGUUUAUACUCUACAUGAAGCAGAGUGAAACUGUGGAAAUGGAGUUUCCUGAUGAUAGUUUUGCAUAGACUAGCCUCCCUUGUAUUAUCGUUUGCACAAGCCUUUAUGAAGAUGUACUGUGUUUUUUUAUUUUCUUCUAUUGGGUUAUGAUUAUUACAAUCCCAUGUUGUAAUAGCAUCCUUUCCUUCACAUUUUAGCUUGCUAACACAUUUAAUUUCAGGUUCCCUAAUAAAGCAUCAGCUUGUUACCCAUCUGACCCUUGGUAUUGCUUUGCGUUGUGUUCUUGAUGCAUUACGUAAAUCUGUUGAUUCAAGGGUUAGUAGAAAUUCCCUUAUUUGUUCUUUUCUUGUCCUUAUUCCUGUGAUUUCACAUACUAACAUUAAACACUUCCUACAGAUGUUCUUGUUUGGCGCAAAGGCAUUGGAGCAGUUCAUGGAUCGUCUGAUAGAGUGGCCACAGUAUUGUAACCAUAUCCUGCAAAUAUCACAUUUGAGAAGUACCCAUCCUGAAAUAGUUUCCUUUAUUGAACGAGCUCUUGCACGAAUCUCUUCAAGCCAGCCAGAAUCAAAUGGAGGAAGUAGUAUCCCGUCAGAUCAGAAUCAGGCUUCUGAUUUGCAGGGUUCUUCUGAAAGUACUGAGGUAUUAUUUCAAUUUGAUAAUAAAAUAACAUUCUUCUAUUUCAUUAUGGGGUAAAGUCAGAAGUCUUGAACCUUGGGCAUUUGUGUUUGCUCGUACCUUUUCUUGUUGUCCCAUAUCAUGCAGAGUAUUCUAAAAAUAUGGUAUUCCUCUGUUGUUUGCUUGUGAAUCUUGUGUUGUCCUUUAAAUUUUAGACAUCUGAAGCAGUAUGGCCUUCCAUUGGUUUGAGCACUGUGCAAUCUGGGCAACCACCUUCUUCUGCUCUCCAGAAAGCCUCUACGACUUCUACCAACAUAAAGACGGCCGGGCAACCAUCCAUGGUUCCUGCUAAUCCUGAUUCAGCUAUACCUCAGAAGGUGAUUGAUAAUUCAUAGCUACUAUAUAAUUCUGGGAUCUGUUAUUGUGAUACUAUUUUAGUUUCCUAUUAGGUUAAUGGAUUCAGUUGAUUUCACAGCCUUUGCAAAAUAUACCGCCUCAGCCUCAUGCUUCUAGUGUAACAUUGACUGCAUCAUCUUCUCCUGGUAUUCUACGGCCUUCACGUGGAGUACCCUCAACGGGUAGUUUUCUUCAUCCAGUCCUUAAAACCAUCCAUGCUAAGUGAUUCCUUUGUUUUACUUGUAGUUUACAUGGAUUACAUCCAUAUUUGUAAACUUUUUUUUCAUAGGGAUGCACAGGCAGCCCUCUUACAACACAGGGUUUGGUGCGGCUAUGAAUAUUGAAACGCUAGUUCAAGCAGCUGAGAGAAGGGAUACUCCCAUUGAGGUAUAUUUUUUGCCACUUGUUCUUUGUUUCACUGCUGCCAUAGUUUUGUGUUUAUUUUUCUGCGCCUCAUGUAGGCCCCUGGAUCAGAGAUUCAAGACAAGAUAUUGUUUAUGAUAAACAAUAUUUCGCUGACAAAUGUUGACGCAAAGGCAAAAGAAUUUAUUGAGAUUCUCAAUGAAAAAUACUACCCUUGGUUUGCACAGUAUAUGGUUAUGAAAAGGUGACAAAUGUUCAGGUCUACAAUUUUUAUAGUUCCAAUUUCAAUCUUUGUUUCUUUUUUAAUGAUAUGUGUUGAACAGAGCAAGCAUUGAGCCAAAUUUCCAUGACUUGUACUUGAAGUUCUUAGACAAAGUUAAUUCAAAAACACUGAACAAAGAAAUUCUCAAAGCUACUUACGAAAACUGCAAGGUUACUUCUCCAUGAUAAUUAGUGUGCUUUACAUGAUUCAUCAUGCUUGCCAUCUUAUACUCCAACUUGUUUGCAGGUUCUGUUAGGAUCCGAUCUUAUCAAGUCAAGUUCAGAAGAGCGUUCAUUACUAAAGAAUCUUGGUAGCUGGCUUGGAAAAUUCACAAUUGGCAGGAAUCAAGUUUUAAGAGCGCGGGAGAUAGAUCCAAAAGUUCUCAUUGUUGAGGUGUCCUAUUUAGUGUUUCCAUGAUUCGGUUUUCCAACUGCUUUUCUUUUUAGUACGUAGAACACAUGCACCUUGAACAUGGUUCAUGAUCCAGGUGAAGAAAAGAAAUGAUUUGUUCCUCUUGUGUUGAUGUUUUUCUGUGUUGGUUUUUCUCAGUGUUACCUUUAUAUGAAAGAUAAUUGCAAUUAUACCACGAACACAUUUUUUCGUUGCUACAGAAUUUUCCAAUAUAGACUAAAGUCAAAGCAAUGACUACAGAUUUUGUACGCAUCAAGUGGCAUUUUUGUUUACGUAUGCUGUAGUUUCAUUCGUUAGUCUGUUUCCUAUCAGUUAGUUAUUUUUAUAUUUCCAUUCUCACUUAUUUUUUUCUCUGUUUAGGCAUAUGAGAAGGGAUUAAUGAUUGCAGUGAUUCCAUUUACCUCAAAGGUGAAAACCUUGAAUUUUUUUAGAUAUUGUAGUUUUUUCUUUUCGUUUUGUGAUCCUUGACAUGUGUCCUCCCGCAGAUUUUGGAACCCUGUCAAAGUAGCCUCGCAUAUAAACCUCCAAACCCAUGGACCAUGGGCAUCCUUAGUUUGCUCGCUGAGAUUUAUAAUUUGCCUAGUCUUAAGAUGAACUUGAGGUUUGACAUUGAGGUACCUUUUUUUCUUCAUUUUGUGUGACUUUAUUGUAUGUGAUUACUCUUCCCUUUAUUUUGGGUUUUAUAUUUGAAUGGUGUAUUAUUAUUGGUUUGUGAACGAUUAUCCUACUCUUGUUGUUGUGCAGGUUCUCUUCAAGAACCUUGGUGUUGAUCUGAAAGAUGUCAAGCCCUCACUUCUUCUGAAAGAUCGUGGCCGUGAACUUGAAGGUAAUCCAGAUUUUUCCACAAAAGAUAUUAGUACAAGUCAGACACCAGUUGUGGCAGAGGUUAACUCAGGAAUGAUACCUACAUUGAAUCCUGUUGAUCUGCCACCAGAGGCUUCUGGAUCUUCUCACACAGGGGUCCAUCCAAAUGUUCUUUCCCAGGUUCAUAUUCUUGUCAUUAAAUAUGUUGUCAUACGCAUUUGUGCAUAUCUUUUAUCUCAAUUUUUUGUUGCUGUAGUUUUCGGCUCUACAGUUGGCUUCAAAUGCGUUGGCUGAGGAAGAGAGAAUGGGGACCUUAACCAUACCUGAACGUGUACCAUCUGCUCAGGGCCUGUCUCAGGUUAUCCCUUCCCAGACACAAUUUUCAAUUAGUCAGGUUUGCAUGUGUCUUAUGCUUUCUUACAUAGUAAUCUUCUUUUCCGAUUGUUAGUGACAUGGUUUAAAACUUAUUUUGCAGUCUUCGUCCGCGAUUCCUAACAUUGGUAUGCAUGUUGUGGUCAAUCAGAAACUCAAUGCCCUUGGCUUGCAUCUGCAGUUUCAAAGGUUUAAGGCAGUAUUUGUUUUUCCGUAUAGUUGAUUUUAUGUUUGAACAACGUUCUUUUGUUUUUUAGGUGGUCACUACUCUAUUGUUUGUAAUUUCAGAGUCCUCCCUCUUGCCAUGGAGAAGGCCAUACGAGAGAUAAUCUCACCUGUUGUACAGCGAAGUGUUACUAUAGCUAGCCAGACAACCAAGGAGCUUGUUCUGAAGGUUCUUCCUUUUGCAUGUUUAUCUUAAUAAUUCCCUACAUAUUGUUCAUUGGGUUGAUUUAUUAUGUUCUCCUAGGAUUAUGCGAUGGAGUCUGAUGAGAGCCGUAUAUAUAAUGCUGCACACUUAAUGGUGGCCAGUUUAGCUGGAAGUUUAGCACACGUCACCUGCAAGGUUUCUUUUCUUUAAACUUUGGAUGCAUUGGUGUUUUUUUGGAGUACUUUAGUUUAUGUCACAGUCUCUAUGAAAUCUUGUAUUUAUGGAUGCAUUUUUACUCAAUUUAGUGUCCUGUGUCUGUGAAUGAAUUGGUAUAUUUUGUAUCCUUUCUUAGGAACCUCUUCGGAUUGCCAUGUCGGCCAAUCUCCGAACAUUGCUCCAAUCAUUGAGUGUCAGUAGUGAGCUUCUCGAACAAGCUGUUCAGCUUGUCACCAAUGAUAAUCUUGACUUGGGUUGUGCAGUGAUUGAACAAGCUGCCACCGAGAAGGUAAAGUUUCUUUCAAACAUCCGAUUUGUUUACAGGUGUUGUUUUCUGCUAUUCUGAAUAUACUUGCAAAUCUUUCAAUACACUUCCUACACUCUAUCAUUGAUGCCUUGACUGCGUUAAUAUUGAUGUCUCGCCCUCAGCUAGGCAGCAGUCCAGAAGAUUUCUGAAGGACAGUUCCGGCACCAUUCUCCUUUUGUCAAGAGUUUUGUUCAUGGGGAGUCUUAGUGGAAAUUUCCUGAACAAAUUAUAUGCGGUUUCAGAAUGGGAGAUGUAUGGAAGUCAAAUCAAAUUACGCAUAAUAGUCCUAAUUGAUCUGGGAACGGAAAUCCUUCUUGGGAAUGUUACUAAAUUUUCUUCGUGCUGUUAGGCUAUUCGGAGAUCAAUAUACUUGGUUUUAAGGGUAACUUACAAUGAGAAUUUGGGUUUGUGAGGGGCUGGAUAGUGGCUAAGGAAUCUUUGAGGAUCAUCACUACUCAUGUACUUGGGCUUAGCCACUCCUUAUAAGAUAUUGUCUUACUUAUUUUGCAUCUCUCUUCUAUUUUCCUUUUUUUUUUCUGCAUUCGAUUUACAAUUACGGCGUUGUUCAGAGUUCAAUAAAGCCAGCUUAGGUGCUGAUUGAUAUGGCUUCAUCAAUGGUAGCUGCCUGCUCUCAUCUGUUUCUAGGAAUGUGCUACAAUUUUUUUGAGGAACUUUUUUAUCUGUUCGUUUGUCUAAAGAAGACAUGAUUCUGAUUAAAUCGAUAUUUUAUAGUAUCUUUCUUCUUAAAUUGGUUAAAUGUUCUUUGUCUUCAAAUAUUAUGUAGCCAAAUUACUUUCUCAAGAAUCCUGGAAGGUUCUUUAUGUGUUUUGAUUUUUCUGUGUUGCUAGUUAUGGUACAACUGUUACUCGUUUGGUUUGAUUCUGGCUUUAUUCCUUUCAUUACUUUUUAGCAAAAAUUAGUACAUCCUUGUCCAAAUCUUGCUUUUGUCCUUGAAAUCAUUGGAAAAUUUUAAACCUCUCAUGGAUACUUCCUCUUGCGCUAUCAGUAAACUCCUUGUCAAUUCAGUCUUUUCUUCGUCCAACAAACAACUUGCUCGAAGAGAGAGCCUAUGUUCCAGUUAAUUUGUAACUCAAGCUCUUCAAUCGUAAAGAAUAUGGACAAUUUUUCUGUUUGGUGUUUCCAAUUUUCCAAUUCAAGUGACCAUAGCUGUGCCCUUACAUGAAAUGACAUAUACAUUAGAUGUGGCUUUAGUUAUACUCUUGAGGAUAGAUUGAUCAAGAAAACUAGUGUUAUUUUUCAAGGCAAGUGUUAUAAGAAUUAAACUUUCCUUUACUCGGACACAGACUAGUUCAAAUCAGCAUUUAUGAAUGUGACGACAUCUAACUGGGGGAUUUGGAAGUAGAGACGUGGUCAGGUAAUGCUUAUGCCGCGUCACUUUUUUUAACAUGUUCUGACAUUUUUGUGUCGAAUAUUUCGGUUUUAAGUUUUUCCUCCUCAUACGUGGAGAGAUGAAAUGGGAGGGAGAGAGAUGUAGACAGACAAGUGGAAAGAGAAAGGUGAGAUGUAUAAGGGCAAGAAGAGAUAGGAUUCUCAGACAAAUAAAAAUAAAGUACAGAGAUGGGCAAUGUAGGAGAGAGUGCGGCAUGCAAGAGGAAUUGGCUACUCUUUGAGAGCAUUAAAGUAUACUGAGGAUACGUUUUUCAUAUACUUUGAAUUGAUAAUCUUUCUUGAAUUCAGAUUUUUAACUAUAUUAUGGGACAGUCUGUUAAUUGUGAAGCAUUUGUAUUUAUUUUGAGGUUUAAUGGUCUACUGCAUAUUUGUUUGUAGCUAUGUAAAAUGGUGGUGAAAGUUACUAUUUCGUUUUAUAGUGACAUUUAUGCUUCAUAUGGUCUCAUUAGACAAUUUGUGCAUGACCCAAAUGUUUUCCUACACUCAUUGGGAUUAUCUAUUAAGUUGUUUUCCCUUUUGUUGGCAGGCUUUACAGACCAUCGAUGCAGAGAUAACUAAAUCUCUUGAUUUUCGGAGGAAGCAGAGGGAAGGCACAGGUUCUGCAUACUUUGAUGCUGGUACUUAUGCACAGGGUCCUUUUGCUCGUGUGCCAGAGGCACUUCGUCCCAAGCCUGGUCGUUUGUCCAUUGCUCAACAAAGAGUGUACGAGGUAGAUAUUUGUGCUGUAAUCACUACACGUUGGGAUGACUUGGCUUGUGUUUCUCAUUAGUUUCGUUUUUGUAGGAUUUUCUUAGGGUCCCAUUGCAAAGUCAGCCGAGUCAGAGCUCAAGUGUUUUACCAGCUGUCCAAUCCUCUUCCUCUGGUGGCUCAGUUAGUUCUGCUGCAGCUCAGGUGUAUGGCCCUGCUUCUGGGCAACUGAACUCUGGCAUCCAUUUGACGCAACAAGCAGCUCCAGGAUUCAAUACUACUGCUCAGCAAUUAGAUCUCAUUUCUGAAGAGAUCGACCAAAGGUUGACACAUCUUCAUAGGUUUAGUCAAUUUUCAUUUUGAACUAAUAUUGGAGUGAGAAAUUCGUUGCAAAAGUGUAGCAAAAAAUUUAUGUUUUGCUUUCCAAUCGCAGUGCUUCAUCUCAUGGCGUGGUAGCUGAUGCUCUUCAGCAAACUGCUGGAAUUAGCACUAUCACCUCCUCAUUUCCAGCUCCUCCUGAACUGCAUGUGGUUGAACCGUCUCCUGUUGUAAAAGUCUGAUAUCAUCCUUCACUUGCUGUGAUGAAUUAGUUGCCUUGUUGCAUUCUGACAUAGUUUCAUUCGCCUCCAGGACCUGGGUGCUGUUGUGCCGCCUUCACCAACCCCUUCUGCAGAUCGACUAACUACCAUGAUCUCAGAACCAUUAAGCACAGGGGAUGCAUUAGAAAAGUACCAGUUACUGGCGCUGAAGGUAUAAAUACACUAAUAUGCAUUUCUCAUUAAUUUGCAUCUAGAUGCGUGGGAAAUCGUAAGUCUCCCUGAAGAUUGUGGAGUCUCUGUAUUCGCAUGUUUCUAUGGCCACAGAGGUACCAGGGAAAUGUUGAUCGAUUUAAAAGUUAGCUGUUGGAAGACACUUUGUCGAAAAAUAUAGACAGUCCAUCUCUAGAACUUGUUCUUUGCUUUUUGAUAUUUAAAUAAUUAAUUUUGAUUAGUAAAUAGACAAUGUAAAGAAUAGGCUAAAAAAUUGAAAACCAAUAAUUCAGCUAUUACUUUUCCAGAGGUAUGGUGACAAAAUCUGGCCUAUACUGGCAUUAGAUUUCCGGCAUCAUACUUCUGUCAAGGGUUUAUUUUAGUGACGAUUUAGACUUUAAUUCAACUGAGCAUUUGGUUUAGUUGAUGCCAUGCAUGAACAGAGUAUUAGGAUAUUAGAUCAAAAGGAGUUUGUCCUCACUCUGUGCGCCAGAUAGCCAUCAGAGGAAAAGUUCGGUUGGUACCGUGAGGUCUGUAGCUGUAUUUUCAAGGGCUACAAAACAGUAAAUAAUAUUAUAAUACUUUAUGUGUGAUUAUGAACUAUUUUAAAGUAUAAUGCAACUUACUAUAUGGUUAUGAUUAUUUUAAUAUAUUCAAAACAAUUCCCCACCUUGUCACCUAAGAGUUAAGCCGAUUGUUCACUUCUUGGAUGCCCUAGUCACGUCACACCCUGGCGACAAGCCUUAGAGGUUAUAGAAAAUUUUAACGUAUCCUGUUUGUUUAUAGUCUCAUUUUAUCCCUAGUUGUUCACUUUAAGUUUUCCUCAUGCAUCUCAUAUUCUUUCUAGUUCUCAAUGCCAAUGUUUCUUAAGUGAGAUUACUUCUUUUUGAACUCCUUUGUGAACUCCCUGUUGAGACUUGCUUUCAUGGUAUUGAUCACACAUUGUCGUUCUUAUUUUUGUGUUAGAAGCUUAUAUGUUCUAAUCUCAGUCAAAUUUUUUUUUCAGCUGGAAUCCUUGAUUGUAAAGAAUGCCAGGGAAGCAGAUAUUCAGGUAACCCGAAUAUUUGCAUCUCAUCAAAAAAGAAUGGCCAAAAGUGGUUUCAUUCCAUUUUUCCUUCUCUGUUUCUUCCAUCUUUCAGAGCUGUAACAUUGCCCCUUUCUAUGAUUCUGCUUACAUUUAGGGAGUUGUUGCUGAGGUUCCAGAAAUCAUACUUAAAUGUGUCAGCCGAGAUGAGGCUGCUUUAGCAGUCGCACAAAAGGUGAAUAAUACGUUAGCUUUCUUCGUUCAUAUUUGCAUGCGUGGCUGGUGCUGUCUUGAUUCAGUUGUGUGAUGGCUAAUGGCUGAGGCAGGUUUUCAGAAGUCUGUAUGAGAAUGCAUCUAAUAACCUGCACGUUAGUUCACAUCUUGCUAUUCUUUCCGCUAUUCGAGAUGUCUGCAAGCUUGUUGUUAAGGAGCUGACAAGUUGGGUACGAUCUCCUUCCUACAUUCAGCUAUUUCUUUUGUAUUUUUUUAUUCUUCUGAUAUUUUUACCAUUUUGUUAUGUUCUCUCUUGACAUUUUUGCAAUUUCCGGCCAAAAUUCUCCAGAUUGAUUCAUUGCAUCUUAUUUAUUAGUUUCCUAAAAAUAAUAGUGCUGGAUUUAUUUUCGCAGUGUGGUUUUACUGUUAUUUCAAGGAUGGUCUUUGUAUUGAUGAUGAUGGGGGCAGAAUCAUUCCAACCAACCGUACAUGUGUUGAUGCCAUCUGUUGUCUAGUUUUAUUUCCUGUCUUAUUUAGGUCUUGAAUUCUUUCUCUUAGUUUCAUUGCGUAAUGUUUCAGCUUCUUUUCUUCCCAAUGUGACUGAUAAAAGUUGCCCAUGAUAUGAGAUGUUCGACACCAGUGCUAUGCAAUGGAGAAUUUCAGCCUUUGCUUAUCUUUUCCUUGGGCUAAUCAGUUACUCAUUGAGAACAUUGUUUUUCAGGUCAUUUAUUCUGAUGAGGAGCGAAAAUUUAAUAGAGAAAUUGCUGUUGGACUUAUUUAUUCCGAGUUACUAAAUCUUGCUGAGUAUAAUGCCCACCUUGCAAAACUUAUUGAUGGGGGAAGAAAUAGUAUGUCCUUUGGUCUUAUGUCUUAUUUAUGCUUCAGUUGUGUUGAAGAUCGUGAAUUGCUUCUAACCGUUUGUUAUCAUUCUGGCAGAAACUGCGACAGAGUUUGCCAUAGCUCUGGUUCAAACUUUGGUUUCCCAGGAAUCCUCACUCAGUGCUGAACUCUAUAACACUAUUGAUGCCUUGUCCAAGGUACUUUCCCGUUUUGAAAGGAGUUGAAAAAUAAGAAAUCACUUUUGCAAAAAUACUUCGUUUAUUAUUUCCUUUUAAUUGCAGCUUUUGGGACGGCCUGGAGCUCCUGAAUCAUUAGUUCAGUUGUUUGACACCUUAAGGAGCACCAGUUCCAAUGUCAUAUCUGUUCCUGGUUUUCCUGCAGCGAAGGAAGAAAAGACAAGGCAACCGAAGGAGAAAAGGGUUGGUAAAAUUUUCAUUGCACUUACAGGUUUUAUAGAUUUUUUCCCAUGUAAAUGUUUCAACUGAAUUUACUGUGAACAGGGCAUUCCUGGUCGCUCAAUCACUGGCAAGGAGGACUAUAAUACCACUGAGCCUGUGACAGUUGAUCCUCCUGGUUUCCGUGAGCAGGUUUUCCUGGAAACUCUGACCUCUUUGGCUUAUUGAUCUAGUUUGAGGAUUUACACUAUUGAAUUUUCCUGGACAACGAUGGAAAGAUAUGGAUAUAGAGUGUUGUGCCCCCAACACCAUGUUACACAGCUGCGUGCCAGAUAAAAGAACAUUUGUUGACUAGACGGUUGUCUUUCCUUCUUUGUAUUCACUCUCCAUGUAAUAGCUAUUUUUUUCAAAAUUUUAAACAUAAUCAUAUCCUCACAUUGCAAGGUGCCAGAAAAAAUUAAAUAUGUGAGGAUCAUUAUGUUAGUUGUCCCGCUACAUUAAUUGUCCUGUUUUGCUCUGGAUCUAGUAAGCCCACCAUAGUGUUGUGUUAGUGAGUAUUUUAGAAGAUGGACACAUUAGGUCCAUAUUAUGCUUUAUGAAAUGUAGUGGGGAUACGAUUGGGGCUUCCAAUUUUCCCCCUACUAUUUUGACGAGAUUUUUUCCCACUAGAGGUGGACUAUUUAGUCCAAUUAUUGGUGUCAGAUGUGACACCAAAGUAUUGACAAUUUCGUUAGACACAUUCACGAGUUGGGAGUGUAGAUGUGGCUUUGUAGCGGCCUGAAAACAUGACGAUUUUCAAUAUUGACCCUUUUAAAUCUUAUUUUGUGGCGCAAUCUAGUUAUGCAAGCAGCAUCAACAGUCUUAAUUUUUCUGUGUUAGAUUUAUCAUUCAGGCUUGUCUGUGUGGUUCUUGAAAAAAUUUUGAGCAUUAUCUCAAUGCCUCUGUACACUUCUUGGAAAAUUCAUUCGUUCCUCCCAAAUUCGAUCUGGAUCUCAUAAUCGCUGAGCUCACUGUGCCGCGUUUGGAAAGGUUCCGCUGGCAUAUUUAUGCUUCUUUUGGCAUCUCAUUAUCGUGCAAGAUCACAGUCAUAAUCCAUUCAUGGUAAAAUUUGUGUCUCCUGAUCCCUGGCUAAUUCUAUCAUCAAUUUGUAUGGGAUCAGGCUUGUCGUAUCCGGGUGCCUAAUUCUAUACGUGGACCGUGGUCCUACAGUUGGUUUUAUUGAGUUUUUAUAUAUUGAUGGGUUAGUUGCCGACAAGAUUUCGUUAUUUAAUUUUAACCUCAUAUUUAUUCUCUAUGAUGUAUGGCAGGUUUCACUUUUAUUUGCCGAUUGGUUUCGGCUGAACGAUCUUCCUGCAACCGAUGCUGCAUAUACCCAUUAUAUUUCGCAGCUGCAACAAAAUGGAUUUCUUAAGGGGGACGAACGAACGGACAGCUUCUUCCGCAUCAUCACGGUGAUUGGCUUACACGUUGUUCGAGAAUUUAGCUUUUAUAAUACUCCACAGAGUACAACAAUUUGUUGUAAUGUACAGGAAAUUUCUGUGGGACACUGUAUCUCCAGCGAACAGACAAUCACUACCAGCCAACUCUCAAUCCAAUCGCCUCAUCAAGUUCAGCAUUUGUCAUUCUCUGCCAUUGAUGCUUACGCAAAGCUUGUCGUUUUGAUUUUGAAGGUAAUUUGUGUUUGGGAAUUUUUUUAUCUCCAAUGUUAGAAAAAAUUGGUAUCAGACCACUUUAACUGUUAUUCUUAUUUUCUGCAGUACUCUUUGCUGGACCAGGGUUCUAGUAAAGUUGCUCUUUUGCCUAAGGUUGGCGUUUGGUGGCUUUCUCCCUCAAUGUUAUUUCAAUUUUAUUUUUUUUCGUCAAUUCACUUUCAUUUGUUUUUUUUCCUCGUGGUAGAUCUUGUCCAUUGUUGUAAACUUCAUUCAGAAGGAUGCGGAGGAGAAGAAAUCGGGAUUCAAUCCAAGGCCAUACUUCAGACUGUUUGUUUACUGGCUUUGGGAGUUCAAUUCUUCAGACUUCAUUGAUGGAGUCAAUCUUCAGGUACGUUAUGCCAAGAAGAAACUGGCGGGUUUCUUUCGUUUGCCACCGUUGCUGAUCUUGAUCUGCUGCUUCCAGGUUUUGAUCUCUUUUGCAAACGCUUUCCAUGCAUUGCAGCCAUUGAAAGUGCCUGGUUUGAGGUCAGUGCUUAUGUCUCUCUGGCACACUUGUUGAACCAUGUCGUUGGCGAAAUUGGAGAUUAAUAGAUGCUAAACUAGGUUUUUCUUACCCGAAAUUCAUUGGCCACACGCGAACCAAAUUAAGGAGCCUACAUUAAUUUUGAAAUUCUUACAUUCACGUGUGAAACUCCUGCAUUUAUUUUCAUACAUGAUGGAUUUGUGUCCCCUUGGAAGAAGAUGUGAAUUUCCAGUUUCAGCAUUUUCUAUAGUUGAUCAAUGCGGUUCCAUUUAAUCAUUUAUCUCUGUGGGAAGAUGAAUGGAGAAUCAUUCAAAAUAGAGGUCGAUGAUGCAUCCUCAUGUUUACAAUGAGCUACAUGAACGGUAAUUACAAUGGACAAAUUAGGUACUGUUCCAAGUAUAUCAAUUCGACGUACCAUUUACAAGUGGGAAAGGAUCAUUAAGUUUCAAAGAUUCUGGAGCAGCAUCGAACCUCUGCAUCUAACCUUACCCAACUGGAUUGUAGAAUUGCUUCACCUGGCACAAGAUCUUGCCUACACGAUGCCGAACUCCCGAUGACACAAAUAAUUGUGCUAUCCUAUGCGUGUUACUGGCUAAUCUGCAAAGAUGGAUCCUUACUAACUGUUGGAAAUGUUAAAACCUUUUCCAAUUUCUGCAGAUCGACUUUUGAGAUAGUCUCUCGGUUGUGUUCCCCCCUCUUGAUAGCAUCGUGAUCAUCAAGUUUCAUUUUUUCUUAUAAAUCGUUCCAAGAUCUUCUCAUUGCCCCUCUCCAUUGUACUUUCACCUGUUUUUGUGUCACAUUAGAUUGAACCAGUUUUUCUGACUCGUAUUUGCUCAUAAUGUCCUUCAUUCGAUGCAAGUGAAUUAUUCGUUGGUUCUUCCUCAGAGUCCAAUUUUUAUUAAGUAUGCAAUUGUGUUACGCUCUUUUCAGCUUUGCAUGGCUCGAGUUGAUCAGCCACAGAAGUUUUAUGCCGAGGCUGCUAGCGAGCAGCAAUUCAUUCAAGGGGUGGCCCUUUUUCCAUCGUCUGCUCGUUGACUUGUUCAAAUUCAUGGAGCCGUGCUUGAGGAAUGCGGAGCUAGGCGAACCGGUCCGUCUCACCUCAACCCCACAUGUCGAGAAUCGAAUCCCAAGCUCAGACUAACACUGUUCUCCCAUUGUUGCAGGUUCGCUUCCUGUACAAGGGCACCUUGAGGGUGCUCCUCGUGCUGCUUCACGAUUUCCCGGAUUUUCUAUGUGAAUACCAUUUCAGCUUCUGCGACGUCAUCCCUCCCAGCUGUAUACAAAUGAGGAACGUUAUUCUCAGUGCUUUCCCCCCAAAGAUGAGAUUACCCGAUCCAUCUACCCCCAACCUCAAGGUCGGUGAAUGUCCCCCGCCUAGUUCUUGGAGCUUCUUCCGUUGGUGCUUUCCUCCCUCGAGGUCUCUCACACUCACCCCUCCUCCGUUCAUGCAGAUUGAUCUCUUGGCUGAAAUCAGCCAGUCUCCCCGCAUUCUCUCUGAUAUUGAAGGUGCUCUGAAAACAAAAAUACUGAAAGCUGAUGUUGACGAGUAUCUUAAGGUAGAUAAAUGUCGCUCUUACCUCCUACUCCUCAACCCCCCCUCCCCUUCCCCUUUGGUUUUCUUUUUUAUUUAGAAAAAAGAAGAAGAGGAAACUCUAGUUCCUGAGUUUAUUCAAUUCCCCAUCAAUUCUGCAGACAAGGCCACAAGGAUCCUCCUUCCUAACGGAACUGAAAGCGAGGCUGCUUCUUCCCCCGAGUGAAUCAAUCCAGGCUGGAACUCAGUACAAUGUGCCGCUAAUCAAUUCGCUUGUUCUCUAUGUGGGUGUUCAGGUAACUCCCACCCCAGAUGAACAAUCUCUUACUCUUCAUCUCGGCAUAAAUGGCUGA